AUGCCUGAAGGUGCGUGUGUCUUCUUCGGUUACAGGCUGACAGAAAACUAUUCAGUGGGAAUCAUGGCUAGGGACACGGACAUCCCUGAAAACGAGGACCAGGACAUCCCAGAACUCGGAGCUGUAUUCACAUUCGGCAAAUCGAAGUUCAGCGAUAAUUUGCCGGGAACAUUCUGGGUGAAAAACGAUGCAGUCAUUAGCGUCGCCUGUGGAGACCAGCAUUCUGUCUUCAUAACAGCCUCGGGACGGACAUUCUCUUUUGGUUCAAAUGAUUAUGGACAGUUAGGACAUGGCCACACGAAAGCGUUGGUUAAUCCGAGAUGCGUGAAAGCUUUAAAAGACAAACGAGCCAUUCUGGUGGCUUGUGGUCGCUCCCACACAUUGGUCGCCACGGACGACAAAAAAGUCUAUGCUUUCGGUAUCAAUUCCGAGCACCAACUCGGGGUCAAAUCAAGUGCAGCAUAUCACGCGGAUCCUCAACUCGUCGCCACACUCAACGGAGUUCAGGUGAAGGCCCUUACAGCCGGAGCGGAUCACUCGUUGGCGUUGAGUGCGAAGGGUAUCGUCUACCUGUGGGGUUCGAGCGAGCAUGGCCAGCUGGGUCUGGGUCGGAAAAAGCAGCGAAAGCUUCCCGUGCAGCUGAAAACCGAGGGCAAAGCUAUCGCCAUCUCAGCUGGUGCAUAUCAUUCAGCCUAUGUCAAUACCGACGGAGUUCUCUACACAUUCGGCGAAACCGAGCACGGCAAGCUCGGCACGAAUUUGGCUCCUAAAAAGUGCCGGAAACCCUCGAAAGUGCCUGACAUCCAGGGCCUCGUUACGUCAGUGGCCUGCGGAGGCUCACACACGGUGGCAUUAACCUGCGACGGGAGAGCUUACUCUUUCGGAGACGGAAGCCAAGGUCAGCUCGGUCUCGGCCAGAGAGUUACCCAUGCUGGGAGACCUCACUUGAUUCAAAUGCCCACCGGCGUAAAGAUGGCUCGAGUUUCCGCAGGCCAGAGCCACACGGCUUUUCUGAGUGAAGGUCGGCAAAUGUACACAUGCGGCGAAGGCCGUCACGGAAAGUUGGCUCUCGAAGACGGAGAAAUGGGGAGCAACAAAUUCAGUCCGAUGCUUGUCGACAUCCUAUCGCUAUUUCAAGUCCAGCAGGUCUCAUGCGGAGGCUGCCAUACGUUAGUUCUCGUCGUCCCGGGCUUGACGGAUCCCCAAGGGAAUCGUAUGGGAGACUCUCCAAUCUCGGCGGCUGUUCAAGCUACGGAAUUGACCCUCGCUCGACUGAGGAGACGCUAUAAGAGGGCUCUCAGCUACGCUGAUCUUUACGCCGACGAAAAUGAUGCGGAAAAGAGAUUAUCACGCCACUACUUGAAUCUUGACGACUCCACGGCGUUUGGAACUCUGCGUUAUAUCGACUCGGACGUGGAGUCUGACUGCGGCGAUGACGAGAACGCGAACAUCAGCGCGGCAUCGGUGAUUUGCAUGGAUGGAAAAGGAGAGAAUUUGAAAAACGGCUCGAAGAAAAACAAAUCGGCCAAGAACCACAACAGAGGGGAGAGCGGUGCAAAGGUGUGUGUCUACAUCAACGGAGAUCGAUUUUUGCUGUGA